AUGGUCUUGCGGUACGUGAAGCAUGAAUCAGGUUUUUCUGGAACCGGUGAGGACUAUUUUGGACACCAUUUUACAGAACCAACGUCUGAUCUGCGCCCUUCCGCACAGGCUCUCGUCUCCCUUUUGUCUCCUGAGCUAGUUUUCCGCAAUUCCAGAUCUUUCACUGGCACGACGUGUGCUCUGCACAAGGAGCGCACAAGGCGCUGCAGCCGCGUUGCCAUGGGGACCGAGACAAGUCCGCCGAGCGCUCGCAGUAAUCGCAAGGGACAAGCGCUCCCGACGGGGCAGCGCACCCCGAGCAUCCCUCCGGCUACCAACUGGAUGCCACAGAACUCCAGCUACUGGGUAAGUCUGUCUGCCCAUAUGAAGUGCAGGCUUUUGCUGGAUUUGCGUUCCUCCUCUCAGGAUUUGAAACUUCACUAUUUCAUGGUCAUGGUCAAGGCUGCUGUUGAUCUCAUCCCUGGCAAGUUCUUAGGUAACAUUGAAGAUGCAGAAGUGCAAUUUGGAGAUGAACUUGAGACUAUUGUAUUACAGUUCCCUAAUCAGGCCAUGGGGGAAAGGGAAACGGAGAAGUAUCGAAUUGUCGCUGAAGAAACAGUUCAGGAAUUUACAUUAGAUUUUUUUGAAAUAGCUGUUAAAGAUCCCAUUGUUUUGUCAUCAGGAAGAGAAUGCGAAGACUUGAUAGAGGGCAAAAUUUUAAUAAAGCAGAAGGGUCUGACAAGAAGCCUAACUAUAACUUCAGUUGACCAGUCAACAUUUGAAAAAGCACAAGGAGAGAAAGUUACAUUGCCGUGUACUUUUGAACUCUCAGAAGAAGAUGAAGGCCCACUAGAUAUUGAGUGGGUUUUGAUACCGGCAGAUAAUCAAAAGAAGGAACAAAUAAUAAUUAUGUAUUCUGUAGACAGGGUUUAUAAUCAUUAUUAUGCUGGUUUGACUGGGCGAAUGCAGUUUACUAAUCUUGAUCCCAGAUCUGGUGAUGGUUCAUUGGAUAUCCUGAAUUUAAAAGCAGCAGACACUGGCACAUAUCAGUGCAAAGUGAAGAAGGCUCCUGGAGUUCAAAGCAGAAAAAUACAGUUGACUGUAUUCGUAAAGCCAGCACGGACUAAGUGUUCCAUUGAAGGAUCGCAGGAGAUCGGAAAAGACGUUACCCUGAAAUGUGUGUCACAAGAAGGAUCCCCACUUUUGUCUUAUGACUGGAGGAGAGUCUCUGGCACACAGAAUCUUCCUGCCACUUCCAUGCUGAAUAAAAAUACAGGGGAACUUCUUCUGAAAAACGCCUCUCGAGAGUAUUCUGGUACAUACAACUGUGUGGCCUCAAACAGAGUUGGCACGGAUGAAUGUUCUGUUGAGCUGAAUGUCACCCCUCCCAUAAAUACAGCUGGUAUAAUUAUUGGAGCUAUUAUAGGAACUGUGCUGGGUCUCUCUGUACUGGGUUCUAUCGUCUUCUGUUUAUGUAAGAAGCACAAAGAGAAGAAAUACGAGAAAGAAGUACAUCAUGAUAUCAGGGAAGAUGUUCCACCUCCAAAAAGUCGCAGCUCUACAGCUCGCAGCUACAUCGGCAGCAAUCGUUCUUCCCUGGGCUCAAUGUCUCCCUCCAACAUGGAAGGAUAUACCAAAACUCCAUAUAGCCAAGUCCCAAGUGAAGACUUUGAACGUGCUCCUGCUCAAACCCCAGCCUUUGCACCUUCAAAGUAUGACAUCGCACACAAGACUGGUGACAUAACAGUGGUAUAAGCAUGAAGAAGCAGGCAUCAGUUUUUGCAUGACUUUCCAGUAUGGUGAAACUGAAGUACAUUAUGAAAUGAAGUGCUGGGUUUUUUCACUUGAUCUCACUUUAGAUUCAAGAUUUUUAAAUAGGCUGUAUUCAGUUUUGUAAGUACCAAAUUUUUUCUUUUUCAUUUUUUUAAUGCAAAGUUUACAAAGUCACUCCUGACCUUUUUCUUACUACUUUCAUGUUUUGAAAAGAGUGCACCAUCCCUCCUCACUGCUUCCUUCACCCCAUUCCUGGAGAUGCAAAAAUUCAUGAAGUUAACAAAAUCAACUCAGGUAGCAGAAAUAUAGCCUUAAGCAACAGGGUGUUAAAGAGAUUUUAAUCUGAAAUAGAGUAGUUUUGGGUUUUCCUAGGUUUCUGGCCUGCUGAUUUCAUAAGGAAGUGUGUCAUCUCUUGAAUGCUGUAGUGAUACUCAUGAGGACUUACAAACUGUGUGCAAA